AUGUUGUCCAGCCUGAACGAGUGGCUAUGGCAGGACAAGUUAUGGCUGCCGCCCAACAACUCUUGGGCGGUCCUGGAGGACCGGGAUGGCAUGGUCUAUGCCCACCCUCGGGACCUGCUGGCAGCCCUUCCCCUGGCGCUGACCCUGGUGGCCGUGCGUGUGACCUUUGAGAGGUUUGUGGGCCUGCCCCUGAGCUGGUGGCUGGGUGUGCGAGACCGCAGCCGGAGGCCGGUGGUGCCCAAUCCCACGCUGGAGAAACACUUCCUCACGCAAGGGCGGAGACCCCAGGAGCACCAGCUGGCCCUCCUGGCCACCCAGUGUGGCCUCACCCUGCGGCAGACCCAGCGCUGGUUCCGGGGCCGCCGGAACCAGGAUCAGCCCCACCUGACCAAGAAGUUCUGUGAGGCCAGCUGGAGGUUCUUGUUCUAUCUGUGCUCCUUCGUGGGUGGCCUCUCGGUCCUGUACCACGAGUCAUGGCUGUGGACGCCGUCAACAUGCUGGGACAACUAUCCAGACCAGCCCCUGAAGCCCGCCCUGUACUGGUGGUACCUCCUGGAGCUGAGUUUCUACGUCUCACUACUGAUUACACUGCCUCUCGAUGUCAAGCGCAAGGACUUCAAGGAGCAGGUGGCCCACCACUUCGUGACCAUCCUCCUCAUCACCUUCUCCUACAGCGCCAACCUGUUGCGCAUCGGCUCUCUCGUGCUGCUGCUGCACGACACCUCCGACGUCCUGCUGGAGGCCUGUAAGAUUUUCAACUAUAUGCGCUGGCGAAUCCCGUGCGACCUACUCUUCCUGGUCUUCUCCUGCGUCUUCUUCUACACACGCCUUGCGCUCUUCCCCACGCAGAUCCUCUACACCACGUACUACGAGUCCAUCAUCGGGCGGGGUACCUUCUUCGGCUACUACUUCUUCAACGCCCUCCUGAUGAUGCUGCAGCUGCUGCACGUGUUCUGGUCAUGCCUCAUCCUGCGCAUGCUCUGCAAUUUCAUGAUCAAGGGCCAGAUGGAGAAGGACAUUCGCAGCGAUGUGGAGGAGUCGGACUUGAGUGAGGAAGAGGCCACCCAGCAGCGUCCACAGCUGAGGAACGGGUCAGCCCCCACCGGCGGCCCCCGGAGCCGGGUGGCCAGGCGGCUGGCCAACGGGCACACAGCAGCCAUGUAGGCAGCGAGAGCUGGCUGUGCAGGGCUGCCCCAGUGCCCAGGGGCUUGGAUUUGUGUGGAGUGCUGGACUGGCGGCCCUCGGGCCAGCUCUGUGGAGACAGGGAGGGCCCCACUUCCAGGGAGACCUGAUGAUCUGUCUCCAGCCCCUUCCCCUGUCCUCUGCCUUCCCAUCCUCCCUCUGGGAAACUGGACACAGUCGGGGCCAGCAGCAGGAUGCCCAGGACGUCCUGUGGGAAGCCCCAGGCUGAAAGGGGACUAAUAAAACUUGAAUGGAGCCAAAUUCGCCACCUGAGAGAUGUGUCCCUGUCCCAGCGCUGUCUCUCCAUCCUGUGAUGCCCUGAGUGAGGCGCGACUUUACUGUUAAAAAUAAUAUUA